UUUAUUUUUCAGGUAUUUCCAAUGUGGACAUUGAAGAGACAAAGUUUUAUCUUUUUAAAUAUGAUCUUAGUUUCUAGAGUCCUUGGGUUUCGAUGGUAUCCUAAAACUCUACCUUGUGAUGUCUCUCUCGAUAGCACAAACACCCAUGUGAUUGUGGAUUGCACAGACAAGCAUUUGACAGAAAUACCUGAGGGUAUUCCCACGAAUACCACCAACCUUACCCUUACCAUCAACCACAUACCAAGCAUCUCUCCAGACUCCUUCCAUAGGCUGAACCAUCUGGAAGAGCUUGAUUUAAGAUGCAACUGUGUACCUAUUCUACUGGGGUCCAAAGCCAAUGUGUGCACCAGGAGACUACAGAUUAGACCUGGGAGCUUUAGUGGACUCUCUGACUUAAAAUCCCUUUACCUGGAUGGAAAUCAACUUCUAGAGAUACCGCAGGAUCUUCCAUCAAGCUUACAGCUUCUGAGCCUUGAGGCUAACAAUAUCUUCUCCAUCACAAAGGAGAAUCUAACAGAACUAGUCAACAUUGAAUCACUCUACCUGGGCCAAAACUGUUAUUAUCGAAAUCCUUGCAAUGUUUCCUAUUCAAUUGAAAAAGAUGCUUUCCUAGUUAUGAAAAAUUUAAAGGUUCUCUCACUAAAAGAUAACAAUGUCACAGCUGUCCCCACCAUUUUGCCACCUAAUUUGCUAGAACUCUAUCUUUAUAACAACAUCAUUAAGAGAAUCCAAAAAGAUGAUUUUAAUAAGCUCAGCCAGUUGCAAGUUCUUGACCUAAGUGGAAACUGCCCUCGAUGUUAUAAUGUCCCAUAUCCAUGUACACCAUGUGAAAAUAAUUCUCCCUUACAGAUCCAUGACAAUGCUUUUGAUUCAUUAACAGAAUUAAAAGUUUUACGUCUACACAGUAACUCUCUUCAGCAUGUGCCUGCAAAAUGGUUUAGAAACAUGAGCAACCUCCAGGAACUAGACCUCUCCCAAAACUACUUAGCCAGAGAAAUUGAAGAAGCCAAAUUUUUGACUUCUCUCCCCAACCUUGUCCAGUUGGAUCUGUCUUUCAAUUAUGAGCUGCAGGUCUACCAUGCAUCUAUUACUUUACCACACUCACUCUCUUCAUUGACAAAGUUGAAAAAUCUGUAUAUCAAGGGAUACGUCUUUAAAGAGCUGAAAGAGUCCAGCCUUUCUGUAUUGCACAAGCUUCCCAAUCUAGAAGUUCUUGACCUUGGCACUAACUUCAUAAAAAUUGCUGACCUCAACAUAUUCCAACAGUUUGAAAACCUCAAAUUCAUAGACCUUUCAGUGAAUAAGAUAUCCCCCUCAGAAGAGUCAAGAGAAGUUGGUUUCUGUCCUAAUGCCCAAACUUCUGUAGACCAGCACGGACCCCAGGUCUUUGAGGCCUUACACUAUUUCCGAUAUGAUGAAUAUGCACGGAGCUGCAGGUUCAAAAACAAAGAGCCGCCUACUUUUUUGCCUUUGAAUGCAGACUGCCACACAUAUGGGCAGACCUUAGACCUAAGUAGAAAUAACAUAUUUUUUAUUAAACCCUCUGAUUUUAAGCAUCUUUCAUUCCUGAAAUGCCUCAAUUUGUCAGGAAACGCCAUUGGCCAAACUCUUAAUGGCAGUGAACUCCAGCCCUUGAGAGAGCUGCGGUACUUAGACUUCUCCAACAACCGGCUUGAUUUACUCUACUCAACAGCCUUUGAAGAGCUCCAGAAUCUGGAAAUUCUGGAUCUAAGUAGUAACAGCCACUAUUUUCAAGCAGAAGGAAUUACUCACAUGCUAAACUUUACCAAGAAAUUACGGCAUCUAGAGAAACUCAUGAUGAAUGACAAUGACAUCUCUACUUCAGCCAGCAGGACCAUGGAAAGUGAAUCUCUUCGCGUUCUGGAGUUCAGAGGCAACCAUUUAGAUGUUCUAUGGAGAGAUGGUGAUAACAGAUACUUGGACUUCUUCAAGAAUCUGCUCAACUUAGAGGAAUUAGAUAUCUCCAGAAAUUCCCUGAAUUCCUUGCCUCCUGGAGUUUUCGAGGGUAUGCCACCGAAUCUAACGACUCUCUCCUUAGCCAAAAAUGGACUCAAAUCUUUCUCUUGGGGUAGACUUCAGUUACUAAAGCAUUUGAAAAAUUUGGACCUCAGCCACAACCAGCUGACAACUGUCCCUGCGAGAUUGGCCAACUGUUCCAAAAGUCUCACAAAACUGAUUCUUAAUCAUAAUCAAAUCAGGCAGUUGACAAAAUAUUUUCUAGAAGAUGCUUUGCAAUUGCGCUAUCUAGACAUCAGUUCAAAUAAGAUCCAGGUCAUUCAGAAGACUAGCUUCCCAGAAAACGUCCUCAACAAUCUGAACAUGUUGCUUUUACACCGCAAUCGCUUUCUUUGCAACUGUGAUGCUGUGUGGUUUGUCUGGUGGGUUAAUCAUACAGAUGUUACUAUUCCAUACCUGGCCACUGAUGUGAUUUGUGCAGGUCCAGGAGCACACAAAGGUCAAAGUGUCAUAUCUCUGGAUCUAUAUACAUGUGAAUUAGAUCUCACAAACCUGAUUCUGUUCUCAGUUUCCAUAUCAUCAGUCCUCUUUCUUAUGAUAGUUAUGACAACAAGUCACCUCUUUUUCUGGGAUAUGUGGUACAUUUAUUAUUUCUGGAAAGCCAAGAUAAAGGGUUAUCAACAUCUGCAAUCAAUGGAGUCUUGUUAUGAUGCUUUAUUGUGUAUGACACUAAAAACCAGCCAGACAGAAUGGGGUUUGGAGAGCUGGCAGGUUAAAAUUGGAAGACCCAAGAGAAAAAAACACUUUAAUUUGUGUCUAGAAGAAAGAGACUGGCUACCAGGGCAGCCAGUUCUAGAAAACCUUUCCCAGAGCAUACAGCUCAGCAGAAAGACAGUGUUUGUGAUGACACAGAAAUAUGCGAAGACUGAGAGUUUUAAGAUGGCGUUUUAUUUGUCCCAUCAGAGGCUUAUGGAUGAAAAGGUGGAUGUGAUUAUCUUGAUAUUCUUGGAAAAGCCUCUUCAGAAGUCUAAGUUUCUUCAGCUCCGGAAGAGGCUCUGCAGCAGUUCUGUCCUUGAGUGGCCUACAAAUCCACAAGCUCACCCAUAUUUCUGGCAGUGCCUGAAAAAUGCCCUGACCACAGACAAUCAUGUGGCUUAUAGUCAAAUGUUCAAGGAAACAGUCUAGCUCUCUGAAGAAUGUCACCACCUAGGACAUGCCUGGGUAUCUGAUUUUUUUCAUAAAGGUUUCCAUAAAUGAAGGUCGGAUUUUUCCUAACAGCUGCCAUGGCUCAGAUUAGUGGGAAACCAUCAAUAUAUGGCAAAGAAAUUAGGAAGGGGAAACUGAUAGACGAUAACUUCUUUCUUCUUUCUGCAUGCUGCCACGCACAUUUAAAUAUCUCCCCCAGCUCAACUAUGAAAUGCUGUAUGAAGAAGGGUGCCUAGGAGGGAACACAGACUUUCAUUUAUCUGCAUGCAAUUGAGAAGAGGCACACAUCUACCCUUAAGAAGUACUAGUAUUUUCAGUAUUAGGUUAAAAAUUAUGCAAGUUCUAUCCCUGUGAUACUGAACUGUAUCAGAGUUCAAUGAAAUAAAAGCCCAGAGAACUUCUCGGCAAA